AUGUCUUCUCUCAUCAACAAGGUCAAGGACAAGCUCCACUCUGACAACAAGACGGAGCAGUCUGAGGGCACUCAUGGACCUCACAGCUCCCGCACCGCCAAUGCUGCCGACCCUCGCGUCGACUCUGACCGCGACCACCGCGAGAAUCUAGGCCGUCAUGAUGGCUCCUACACCUCCGGCGGAGACAACUACUCCUAUGGCGGCGAUAACACCUCCUCGGGCGUGACCGGCACUGGAGGAACUUUCGACUCCAGCAAGGGCUCUACUGGUUUUGGCUCUACCGCCGCCACUGGCCCUGCCUCCAAGACUGCCGGCACGCACAGCUCCAACAUUGCCAACAAGGCCGACCCCAGAGUAGACUCUGAUCUCGACGCCAGCCGCAACAUGGGUCUCCGAUCCAGCGGUGCCACCGCUGGAACUGAUACUGGCACGGGUACAUAUGGAAGCUCCAACACACAAUCCGAAACCACUGGCUUCGGCACCAGCACCGGCCCUGCCUCCAAGACUGCUGGAACUCACAGCUCCAACUUGGCCAACAAGGCUGACCCCAGAGUCGACUCUGACCUCGACGGCGGCCGCAACAUGGGCCUCCGAUCCAGCGGCGCUACCUACGAUGCUCCCAGUGGCAACACUGGCACGACUGGUUCUUCCGGAACCGCAAUGGGCUCUGGGAUGGGCAGCGGCAUGGGCACUGAUACCCUCACCGGCAGCGGCGCCACUGGCACCUACGGCUCAACCGGCCGUGAUACCUACGGUUCGACGGGCACUGGCACCUUGGGCUCAUCUGGCACCGGCGCCUAUGGUUCGACCGGCACUGAUACCUUUGGCUCGACUGGCACCGGCGCCUAUGGCUCGACCGGCACUGGCACUGAUACCUAUGGCUCGACCGGCACCCACACCCACGGCUCAUCCGGCCUGGGCAGCACCGGUACGGGACACCACACCAAGGACACCACUAGCAGUGCAUUCGGCGCUGGCACGGGCAGUACCGGUGGAAGCUUUGGAACUGCACGCAACCCUGGUCCAGCCCCCAACACAGCCGGCCCUCACAAGUCCGACAUGAUGAACAAGGCCGACCCCCGCGUGGACAGCGACCUCGACAACAGCAAGACCUUUAUGGGCGACAAGACUUAUUCCCAGUCGGACAGGACGACGGCCAAGGACCCCACGGAUGCUGCUCAGGUGCCCCCUUCCGUCUUGCGGAAGCACAUUGGCGAGCCGACCAUUGAGCAUGGUGAUGCCAACUACGACCGCGUGCGGCGGCACAGCGUCUCUCACCAGGAACAGCAUCGUGGGUUGUAA